CCAGUAUUUGAAGAGUUUCUCUGCAGACGGAGCAGCAGGAAGUGAAGCUCGCUGCGUCUCUCCACUCAUCAAUGCAGCUUUCAUUCUCCCUCAGCGGGGCAACAUGGACGCUGUACAAAAGCACCACUGGUACUUCGUGGUACUCCUCUUCCUCCCUUCUCUUAAAGUUGCAGUGGUGCAGACGGAGGGAUCCACGGUGCGUCUGGAGGAGGACAUGGUCCUCUCCUGCCUCUGUCCUUGGAACGGAAACCUCAGCUCGGUUUCCUGGACUAAAGACCCCGACAAGUCCUCCAUCGCCGUGUACCACCCUGAGCACGGAGAGCACAUCCCGAGCCCCUACACGGAGAGGGUGGUGUUCCUGAAGACGACCCACAUGGAUGGAAGUAUCUCCAUGAGGAACGUCACGCACCAGGACAUCGGGACGUACCACUGCUCCGUGCAGACCUUCCCCCGGGGGCCCUGGACCCAGAGCAUCCAGGUGGAGGACUUGGACGAGCCCCCAGAGGACAGCACGGAGGAAGAGGAAGAGGAAGAGGAAGGCUCAGACCCUCCCACCCUCGAUGGGAUCAGGACGGACACAGAACUGGUGGCCGAGCCCGACAGCAACCUGACCAUCAGCUGCAACCACGAGCACAACGGCACCGUGUACCAGGUGGUUCUGGAGAGGGUUCCCCCCGGACCCUCGGGCAUCAUCGGGAUCUGUAAGAAGGUCGAUGGGGGGGGUCUCCUGAAGGAGGGGGAACUCCUGGAGGAGGAUUACAGCGAAAGAGGACAGGUGAGCUGUGAGGACAGUCUGGAUGUAAGCCUGCACCUGACGGGGGUGCAGGCGGAGGACGGGGGUCUCUACCGCUGCACCUUCAGCACCGACGCGGGGGUCAGGACCACCACCGUGCUGCUCACUGUGCCCCCCCAAGGUGGAUUCAGCCUCUCUGUGUACAUGAUGUGUGUUUACGUCGGGGCUGGGACUGCUUUUCUUAUUCUACUCAUCAUCAUCAUCGUACUAGCAGUGAACCGAAGGAAGAAGCACCGCAGGGAGGAGUACCGGGUGAAGCUGCACCCCUCCCAGAGACAGCCUAACAUCUACGAGAACAUCCCUCCGUGUCCCAGGACAGCAAAGAAACCCCGGCAGAUAAAAAACCCCGUUUAUGCCAACAUUAACACUGUAAGAUCACAAAAAAACAAACGCCCGCUGCACAAUAAAUAAAUGACAUGACGUGAAUGUGCAGAUUCUUUUUUGCACACUUUACUGUGUUGUAAAUGUAAUUUCCAAUGAAUAAAAUUGCAUUUUUUUCCCAUAAAUCUACACUCGAUAACUGAAAACACCAAAUCAACAGCAUGUUUUUAGAAAUGUUCCUUAAUUUAUAAUAAUUAAAAGACUAAAGUCUCAUUUAAACUAGUAUCGAGCCCCUGUGCUGUGCAGGUGCAUCCUGUUUGCUUUAAUUAUCGUCUCUCCCUCUCUACAACUUGAUCAGAGUCCACCUGUGGCCCAUUUAAUUGAUUGGGCAAAGUUUAAAAAAGCAUGCACCUGUGAACAGGAAGUCCCCACAAUCCACCUGCAUGUCAAGAUUUAGUUUGGGGGUCUUUGUAUGUGAUAUUAUCCGUAUCCGUAUAGGUUAAAAUGGUCACAUUUAUGACAGAAAAGGGAACAAAUGGUACAAAAAGUGAAACAGUCUGAAUACUUUCUGCAGCCUCUGAGCAAAAACAAACAUUUUGACAGACUCUGAUUGUCUAUUUUGAUUUUAAAUGUUUAAUAAAAUGCAGGGAUUAAUAUUCAGCCUGUGGUUUAACAAGCCGCUGCUCGUGUAACUCUCACAGAGCUGACAGGUUCGUUUGUGUCCAACACCGGCCUGCUUCCACUAAUUAAAUGUAGUACUUCAUAAUUACUGCUGAGGAAAUAUUUGUUUGGGGGGAAACAAUGCUUGGCGUCGUGCAGAGAGAGCAGGCUGUAAUCAUUCUCCUCACUCCCCUAACCCACGAGUUAAACACCUGACAAAAGCCCGUGUAAUUGCUCUCCUUUCACUUCCAUCCCUCCUGGUUUUGCAUUGAAAGCUUCACAAUGCAUCUAAUCAUCUAACGGAGAGGAAGUGACUGUACAUCGCUGGAGAUGUGCGUUUCCCAGAGGGCCUGCAGUGUGUAGUAGGACGCUCUUAUUGUGAAACUCUGAGAUAAUCCUGUGUCUAUCUACUGUGUAUUGAUGAAUGUGUUUUUCAUUGUAAUUAAAAAACAAAGAGUUGUUUUAUGAUAAGCUGUCACUCACAGUCUUCUGUGUGAUUUCCAAGCUGUGUUCUUAUGUGUGUGUGAUUCAUUUAUCUCCAUAGAAGUGGAGGCAGUGGCAGAGGCAGUAAUGGAUAUGCAGACUUUUCUGCUUGAAAACGAGACAAAUGUGGAACAUAAAGGGACAAUUUAGUUUGGAUCACGAGUGUGUGCUGUUCCCCGGGAUCUGUACGAUUCACUGUGAGUGUGUGUGUGUGUGUGUGAAGCGAUACUGAAACUGAUGUGUGUGACUGUACAUGCCUCCCAUGUGAUAUAAAUAAAACAAUGUGUUAGCCUCUA